AUGGCCCAAAGUGCUCCUUACAAAAUAUGUUUUGUACCCAAAAGCAGAGAAGAAGAGGAAGAAGAUGAGAAAAUCUACAAGAGAUACAGAGAGAUUGUUUCCGAACUUCCCACAACAGAAGGUUGGUUAGGUAGCCCACUCUACCAAUACCAAGGCUUUUGGUAUGGUUUGGAACUUGGUGGUGUUGGACCAUUGGCAGUUCAAGAUCACUUCAAGCCACAACCCAGUGACAUUCUUAUUGUUAGCACCCCCAAAUGUGGCUCAACUUGGCUGAGAUCAGUAGCCUUUGCUGUCAUGAAUCGCAAAGCUCAUCCUCCUUCAGAUCAGCACCACCCUUUGCUCUUAUUCAACUCACAUGAGUUAGUACCACUGAUAGAGAUACAUUUUUAUAGUGACGAUGUCAAUGGCAACCGAAUUCCUAAUCUCGACAUCCUUCCGUCGCCUAGACUGUUUAGCACACACAUGCCUUACACAUCACUACCGCAAUCUGUAGCACAGUCAGAGACUUCCCCCAAGAUUGUUUAUAUUUGCCGGAAUCCUAAGGAUACUCUAGUAUCAUGGUGGCGUUUUUCAAACAAGGUAAGGUCUAAUAUUUCCUUGGAGCCUCUGAAACUAGAAAAAAUCUUCAAGAUGUUUUGCAAAGGGAUGUUAUCAUGUUGCCCAUUUUGGGAUCAUGUGUUGGGUUAUUGGAAAGAGAGCUUAGAAAGGCCUCAAAAUGUGCUCUUCCUCAAGUAUGAAGAGAUGGUGGCUGAACCUGUUCUUCACUUGAAAUUGAUAGCAGAGUUUAUGGGGUACCCCUUCUCCUCAAUGGAAGAGAGGGAAGGAGUGAUUGAUCAAAUAAUAAAUCUCUGCAGUUUCAAGAAUUUAAGCAAUUUGGCUGUCAAUAAAACUGGUUCAAGUUAUCCUGGUAUUUCAAACAGUGUCUUCUUUGGGCAAGGUAAAGUUGGAGAUUCUGCAAAUUGCCUCACACCUGAGAUGACGGAGCAUCUGGACCGCCUCACAGAGCAAAAAAUUCAUGGUUCAGGCUUAACACUCUAA